GGCGGUUGUUGUAGCAACCAUCUUUACCGUUAACAAUAUCAGCGUGAAAGUCGUGUGUUUUUAGUUAGUGAAAACCGAUUCUGGUUGAAGGAGCGACAUGUUAACUAAAAGCAAUUCAUCUAGAUUUAGCUCACGUUUUACUUCGAGCAACGUUGUUUGUGUUCUAGUGUUUUAGAUAAAGUUAACUAAAUUAUGGUACUGUAGCUAAAAUGCUAAAUUAGAAAAGACGGGAAUUUGACACUGGGAUAGCUGCAAGACACAGCUGCAGUAAAUAAUAUAAGAAUACUUGUUGCUUGUUCCGCACUCGUUGCGUAUUGUAUUUUAGUUCACACAUCGUCUGACUCUAAGUUAAUAGGUGCAACCUUAGCAUGUCGGCUGUCAGCAGUCUCGUCCCUGCACGGUUUCUUACCAUCAUAGCUCACCUUGUAAUCGUUAUCACUAUCUUUUGGUCGAGGGAAAACAACGUAAAGGCGUGCUUGCCUUUGGAUUUCACUCAAGAGCAAUAUGACUAUGAGGACAGAGAGUUGGUGGUGGCAUUGGCGGUCACACUUGGUCUGUUUGCUAUAGAGCUGGCUGGGUUCCUCUCAGGAGUGUCCAUGUUCAAUUGCAGCCAAGGUCUCUUGUCAACAGGAGUCCAUGCCAGUGCCUCAGUGGCUCUGCUUUUCUUUCUAUUUGAGCAGUGGGAGUGUGACAUCUACUGGUGGAUCCUUGCCAUUUGCAGUGUGCUACCUGCUUUUGUGGAGAUUCUCCUGUUUAUAGCUGUAUUUGGCCUGAAGAAGAAGCCAUUAUGAAAGACAGUCCUGAUGUGAAGUGGUACCAAAUAGUGAGGAUAUGGACAUCUGUCUCAAUGCAUCAACAGCAAAGCCAGCAAUCAUCAAGGGAAUAUACAAGCCACUCUCUGUCUGUAAUGUUUGUUUUUUAAAUAUUUUUCUAUAUUUUGAA